GCCGCCCGUGCCGCGGAGCCGCCAGGAACUGCCCCGGGUUUUCCUGCCCGUCCGGUCCGGCCCAUCCCGGAGCGGGGCCAGGCCCGGAGGGCACAGCCCGGGGACCCCUGCCCGGUAUCGGUUCUGCUUUCGGGGCAGGCGGCGGUUUCGCAGUAACGGGGGGCGGGCGCCACCUGCCCCGGGGAUUCCCCCCCCGCCGCCGCCCCAUAAGAACCCGGUGGCGGCGGCGGCGGCGGCACCGAGCGGCGAUGGACGCGACCCGACGGCUGUGCCUGUGCCUCUGCCUCCCGUUACUGCUGCCGUCUGUGGCCCCGGCCCCCGGCCCCAACUGGGCUGCCUGCAGGAGCCUGUCCCGGCAGCUCUCGGGGAUGGUGGCGACCCUCGAAGAGCCGCACGGGGUCCUGGAGGAGACGCAGCUGAGCGAGGAGGACCCCAAGAAUUGGCCCCCCCGGAUCCGCUGCAGUGAUGCCUGCGACCCCUCCAAUCUGGACACCAACAACACGCGCUGCCUGCACCGCAUCCUGCAGGGGCUGCAGCACUACCGGGACCUGCUGAGCUCCGACAUCUUCACCGCGCGGCGCCUGCCCCCGCUGGAGGCGGCGCUGGAGCGGCUGCUGGGGCUGGUGCAGGUGAGGGGCCGGGGGCCGGGACCCCGCCGGGAGCCCCCGAACCCCAUCAGCCCCAUGGCCCGCAGCGAGAGCUGGGCUCAGCCGCUGCUGCAGCGCCUGGCGCUCCAGCGGCUCCAGUCCUUCAGCACCAUCAUGAGCCGCGUGUUCACCCACAGCGCCGGCCCCCGCUGAGGCCGGAGCCCCCCCCUUAUUUAUUCCCCUGCGGAGGGUUAUUUAUGUGCUGCCGGACGCUAUUUAUUUAUGGGGUGCGAAUAAA